AUGACGUCACCCUGCUGCCGUCCCCGCGCGGGACGCGCGCCAGGAGCCGCGGCGGCCGCCGGCCGCCCGGAGCCGCCCCCGGCGGCGCAGCGCAGCGCAGGGCGGGUCCCGGCGCAGAGCCGCUGCCGGGAGCGCUGGGCCCGGGCAGCCGCCGCGCCUGCAGCUCUCGGCGGGGCCAUGCGGAUGGCGGUCGGUGCGGCAGCGGGCGAGGGGGCAGCGCAGAGCCCCGGCCCCGCCGCCGUGUCGCUGGGCUUGAGCGUGGCCGUGGUCUCCAGCCUGGUGAACGGCUCCACCUUCGUCCUGCAGAAGAAGGGGAUCGUGCGGGCCCGCGGGAGAGGUACUUCAUACUUAACUGAUAUAGUAUGGUGGUCGGGCACUAUUGCAAUGGCACUGGGUCAAAUAGGGAAUUUCUUGGCCUACACUGCAGUCCCAACUGUGCUAGUGACGCCCUUGGGAGCUCUUGGCGUUCCAUUUGGGUCCAUCUUAGCUUCUUACCUACUUAAAGAGAAACUGAACAUUCUUGGCAAGCUGGGAUGUUUGCUGAGCUGUGCUGGGUCUGUUGUUCUCAUUAUCCAUUCCCCGAAGUCUGAGAGUGUAACGACUCAGGCUGAGCUUGAAGAGAAGCUUACAAAUCCAGUUUUCGUGGGUUAUCUCUGCAUAGUGCUGCUAAUGCUUCUCCUGCUUAUCUUCUGGAUAGCUCCAGCUCAUGGACCUACUAAUAUUAUGGUUUACAUCAGUAUUUGCUCUCUGUUGGGCAGUUUCACUGUUCCCAGCACAAAAGGCAUUGGGCUGGCUGCUCAAGAUAUCUUUCACAAUAACCCAUCAAGUCAAAGGGCUCUGUACCUCUGUCUGGUACUUCUGGCAGUAUUAGGAUGUAGCAUUAUCAUUCAGUUCAGAUACAUCAAUAAGGCACUGGAGUGUUUUGACUCCUCUGUGUUUGGUGCCAUCUACUACGUUGUGUUUACCACCCUAGUCCUGCUGGCUUCAGCCAUUCUUUUCAGGGAAUGGAGUAAUGUAGGAGUCGUAGAUUUUUUGGGCAUGGCUUGUGGAUUCACCACAGUGUCUAUUGGAAUUGUUCUUAUUCAAGUCUUCAAGGAAUUCAACUUCAAUAUUGGAGAUUUAAACAAACCUAACAUGAAGACAGAUUAAAAUAUUUUUGAGGGGAAACUGGAUGGCUCAGGGAAGGAUACAAAGCUGUUCAUUUCUAGGUCACUAUUUCAAAUAGGAUUCAGGUUGGUAGCUACCCUCUGACGAUUUCGUGGCCUAUGUGAAAUGACCUGGAGGCCUCCAUCCAGUUUCAAAGGAACAGCUGUCCAUGUAACCCAGUCAACACAAUAAAUGACCUUAAUUGGAACUACUAAUUGAGUCAGCAUAGACACUGAUGUAUUUCCUCACUGUAAAAGGUAGUCCAUCAGAAAAGCUCUGUGAAUAUUCUGACAGGCCUGUGUGAAAGCUUGUAUUGUGACUUCUGAGGUACCAUUUCUGUGGGCAGAGGACAUCAGUUUCUAAUGCACUCAAUCUGAUACCUUUCAUCAUAAGUGAUGUAUACCUUAAAAUAAAGAGGGAAAAGUAAGGGGAACAAUUUGUGAAUCUCAGUAUAGCAAUGUCUUCACCAUCAAGGCUGUGAAUUCUCAGACGAAUGUUGGUUGGAUCAUGGACUGUAGAUUUGUUCUUUUUAGUGACUGUCUUGGCAACUUUGUCUGCCAUGCGAUGAAGACACAGGGGAGUUGUAAACUGAGUUCUCUAUACAGAGCAGUGGACCCUUAAAUAUCUUUCACUAAUUACUUAUCAGCUCAUGGUACUGUCCAGGUAUGCAUUUUUCUUUGUAACUUACAUACAUUAAGACAUUCUGCAUUCAUCUGAAAGUUUUUAAUUGGGGGCAGGUAGAAAGACUGUGAAGGAUGUGGAAAUGAUGCACAGGCUUACUGCUUACAUUGUGGCUUAUUUGUAAGCAGCUCAGAACUGUUCCAGUGCCUUUGCAAUCAAAAAAUAAUGCAUAAUUUUGAAUGUAUUUGUUUCAGAUGGCCUAUACCGGUUUAGUAAUUCAAUUUCACUGUCUACAGUAUUGGACUUUAUUCAAAUUCUAAACACAUAAAGCAUCUAGAAGGACCAUAUGUUUUUGGAAGAAUUUACAAACCUGAACUGAAACCCCGGGAUGCCUUGACAGCUUCUGAAAAACUCUAAGUCCUAAUGGGAGGAGGAGUGUUAAAAUCAGUCCUGCAUACCUUUAUUUUAGUUUAGUGACUAAAUGCAGGAGACCAUUUUGUUGAACACCUAAUAAAUAGAGACCACUAAAAAAAAAAAGUCAUUUAAAAGAGAGAGGAGCAUGAGAUUUCUCAUAGCUCAAAAAAGAUGGUCUGAUGUUCUUGUAAUGUCGGAAAAGGAGGUUAAAGACUGAAAAAACUAAAGCAUUCAGAGAGUUUUAGGUAACUGACAAGAACAUCCAUUCAGAUCAGUAAUUCAUAGACUUGUGUGAACACUUUAGUUGUAAUAUUUUGACAAGUAGUACAGACAGCUUAAGCUACCAUGAGGAUGACUCCAAACAGCUCCAUUUAAACCAUUUAGAGAAUAUUGAUAUGUUAAAGAAUGAAAUAGUUAGUUUCAUGUUCUACUUACAUUUGAUAGCAAAAACAUAAUGGGUCAAAAAGUUGAAAGCUUGAAAAGCAAUGAAUGUUUGUUUCUCUCUAAGUACAAAAUGGAAGAGUACAGUGGAACUCAACAUCUCUAGAUGAGAACGUCUCCCCAGAAAACAGAAAAUCCUGAUGUCAUUACAAAACAGUAUUUGAGAAAAUUCACAACAUUUUAUCAAGAAAUCAUCAAUGUUACUUUGUAGCUGCCUGACAGGACCAUGGAUGUUGAUUAGUGGGGAGUAAUACUGUCUGCUCUUGUGAUGCUUUUUGUUGACCUGAAUUGAGGUUUCCUUAAAACUCAGCCUUCAUUUUCAUUUAAAAUGAAUGCUGUAAGCACUACUAAUGGCAGCAAUAAUUGCAAAAGGUAAUCCAAAAGAUUUAGUGUUCUGAAGGGACUGUUCUGAGGGAGUAAGAGCCCUCCUAUGUUAUUUGCAAGGUUGUUUUAAAACUCCAUGUUUCAGGGAAUGGCUCUUGAGUUGGCAGAAAUGGGCAUUGUUGCAGGCCAACACACAGUAACUGGGUAUCUUAAUGAAAUAGAGCAGCUCUAGCAGAGAAAAGACCAUCUUCAUGGAUUUUCAAAUAUUAUGCAAGGUUUUUAGAAAGUCUGAGAAUUGUAGAUGAGGGUAAUUGGGCUAUGAAAUCUGGUUAAACUAGCCUCUGUCCAUUGAUUGGAAGAUGGUAUCUUGGUUCUUAGCAAACAUUCAUAUUUUGUCAUAUUAAUUCCCUCUUUUUUUGAUUGAACCUAGAAUUGCACAUAGGUUACAAGACCUGUACUAACCUACUUUUUAAAACAAUGUUACGUUUUUUGAAGCAGUCAAGUUGUCUUUUCAAAGUUCAGCUUCAGAGUUCAUGAGUUGUAUGUUGGUUUUGUAUUAGCCUUUAAUCUCUGAAGACUUUUCUGAAAAUCUUUAGGUCAGAAUGGAAAUUAUUGUGGUCUCAUCUUACUCUUUCUUUGGCCAUAUUUGUUUGUCUUGGUUGGUUUUAAAAUUAAUUCUUAAUUAUUUAUAAAGUGCCUGUCCUAGUAUGUUAGAUGCAUAUGCAAAUUAUUAGUAAAUGUUAGAUUCAGAAUAACUUGAUUGCCCUGUCUAAACCUUGACAUUUUCUGCACCACACAAAGUUUACUUGGUAAGUGCUCACUAUGCAGAGGAAGAAUAAAGUAGCAACCAUGUUCUGUGGUCCUCUGACCAUUGUAACCACUGAUAAAUAUCAGCAAGGUUUUCUUCUCUUCUCCCCAGCUGCUCCUCAUCUCUGAUGAGCUUUCUAGAAAUGUCUGAUUAACCUUGAUGUUUAAAACAAAGACGUCAAAAGCCAGCACGUAAGGUGAAAGAAAUUCUUGUGGCCUUGCACAUCAUUUGUAUCUGCAGCCUUUUACUUCUUGAAUGCUAAGUAACUGAAAGCUUUAUUUUUGCUACUUUGUUCAGUGUGUAGCAGUGUUCUUUCAAGUUCUGCUGUACCUGGAUCUGUUUCAGUUCUAACUUUAGAAAUGCAUUAGCAUUUUCUGUUGUCACUGUUGAUAGGAUUCUUUCCCCCUCCAUCCCACGCCCUCCUCUUUCCAGGUGUCCUACCUUUUUUAGUCCCAUUGCUUUUCUGAUUUAAAAGGAGGCACUGUUGAAGUUGAAUUUUAGCUGUUCCCUCUUUUUUUUCUACCCCUUUGGCAAGUAAGCACUUUGAACAAGACAGAUAUCCAAGUUCCAUCAUCUCAGGGAGCAAAUGUGCAUAGUUGUCUCCUGAGCUCUGCCAUCCCUCAUGGGUCUGCCCUUUUCACGUUCUCAUUGUGUUAUAUGCAUUGAUAGCUGCAAGCCAGAUGAUUUCAGUUCUGAUUCCAAAGUAGAAGUGGGAGAGGCUACACAUGGAAAAAGUGGAUUCUUUACAGUGGUAGAAUGCAUUUGAAUUAGAUUCAAAUCCACAGGAAAGGCGUUUCACUCCCUGUGUCUGACUUCUCUUAUACUUGUCAAACAUAUUUACUUGGUACUCACUUGAGGAUAGCUCUUUGAUCAUUAUCCCUUCAGUGUAUGGAGGAUUUGCAUUUGUCAGUCACGAUCUCUACUAGGUGUCAAACACAAAAAUCCCUCAAAUGUUCAGUAGGAGAAUAGAAAUCUUUUUGAUACAACCAAAAAACCACAUUUGUUACACUUCAAGUACUUCUGUAAAAAAAGAAAAAUAUCCAAACAAGUUAUCUGCUGUAUUGACUUUCCAGGACUCUGUAUGUGUAAAUAGAGCCUAUUUAUUAGUGAGCUGCAACUAACAUUAAUAAGAACCUGUCAUACCACAGUUUGACAAGUGAGGCUUCCUAUUAAUAAUACUGAUUUUAUUGGAACAUGUGUAUUUUUCUGAAGUAACUAGCACUGAAAAAUCAAAACACUGGAUUAAGUUGUUGAAACAGUUGAAAGUAAGGUUUAGCUUUAAUUUCAUUUUUAAAAAAUACAGGGUUUGUAUUUGAAGAAAUUUGGGGUUAAUAAUUAGGGGGUGCUUUAAAUGGGAAGUUGUUUGCACAUUGUACUCCCCCUCACAUUCUUGUUUCAUAAAUAUAAGACAUCAAAGAUUCUACAGAUAUUCCCUGGUUGUCUUGAGAUGGUGUAACUACUGAAGUUUUACUGUUAAAUCAAGCAUUAUCAAAUGUUUAUCUCUUUCCUGUUAUCUUUGUAAUAAUUCUUUGGUGCUAUCUGUGGGCUUACAGAAUGCAGAUUUUUAAUGUGUACCGUGUUAGGCACCAAUGUUGUCAAUAGUUAGCAUUACUAGUGCCCAAGUGUAUCAGACAGCAAUGUUGAAAUGUUACGGAUUAAGAAAUUUCUUUUUAAAAGCUGCAAAUAAGUUUGGCUUUUCUUUAUUGUUUGUAGUUGUGUUGGGUCCUUCCAUGUCCACAUCCCUCCCCAGACAGUUGCUCUAUAGAGUGGAAAAUAUUGGAAAACAUUACACAAAAAGGGUUUUUUAAGUCUUUUUUUUUUUUUUUUUUAGCUGUGGAACUUUCUCUUUUUUUCUCUUUUUUUUUAAUUUCCCCUUUUUUUUUUUUCCCAGAAUGUAAAAAGUAGUUCUAAUGGGAUAUAGGGAAAAGGUAGUUGGCAACAAAAAUACAAUGUCAGGUUUGGUUGCUUCAAUGCUCUUGCAAUAUAGUUACUACAGAUUACAUGAAAACAGUUUAUUUUAUUAGCUUCCAAAUAAUGUAUAUAUAGAUUUGUUAAUGGCUUACAAGUCAAGCUUACUCUCUUUGCUUUUUAAAAAAUAGUUAUAGGCAUGUUGUAUUUGCCUUGUGUAAAUUAUAAAAGGCUAUUUAUUAAGUUUUCUGAUAACUAAUCUAUUUAUUAACCUGUAUUGUUUUAAAAUAAAUGAUUUAUUUCUAGCUCAA